AUGCCCCAGCAGAAGAAAACGAUCCAUGCCGAUUCUGAUAAUCCGGAAGCAACAAAAGAGGCUUCUCCCAACCCUCCACCUACCAAUCCCACAGUCAACGGUGGAAAUAAUUCUUCAGGUCACUCUCCGAAGGAUCAUGACACCAACGACUUUGCCCCUGUUGACAUCAAUGCCGAGAACGUGAGGAGUUCCUGA